CUCCCUCAACAUGAACUUCUGCUCCGAGGCCAACUUCUGGCUUCUCAUCAAUGCCACGGACCCGGCCGGGCAGCUCCAGUGGCUCGUGGGCGUCCUGGCGGGAGCGGAGGCGGCCGGCGAGAAGGUGCACAUCAUCGGGCACAUCCCGCCCGCCCACUGCCUGCGGAGCUGGAGCUGGAACUACUACCGCAUCGUCAACAGGUUUGAGAGCACCAUUGUGGCCCAGUUCUUUGGCCACACGCACCUGGAUGAGUUUGAGAUGUUCUACGACGAGGAGACCCUGUCGCGUCCUGUCUCUGUGGCCUUCGUGGCCCCGAGCGUCACCACCUACAUCAACCUCAACCCUGGCUACCGCGUGUACCAGCUGGACGGGAACUACCCCGAGAGCUCGCACAUGGUGCUGGACCACGAGACCUUCAUCCUGAACCUGACUGAAGCCAACGCAGCCGGGCCAGGGGCCACGCCACACUGGCGCCGCCUGUACAGGGCACGCGAGGCCUAUGGGAUGCCUAAUGCCUUCCCGGCCGACUGGGACCAGCUGCUGCGGCGCUUCCAGGACGACGAGCGCCUCUUCCAGCGCUUCUGGUUCCUGUUCUAUAAGGGGCACCCGCCGCGCGAGCCCUGCCUGGACGCCUGCAAGGCCGCGCUGCUCUGCACCCUGCGCACCGGCCGCCGCGACGACCCUGCCCUGUGCCACAGCCUGCGCCCCACCCUGCCCUUCGCCCACAUCCAGCGCUUCUGGGACCAGCGCCGCCUCUGCUGACCCGCGCGCGGGGGAAGCUUGCUGCACUUGGGCCCCGCAAGGGGCAUAGACAGAUGCCAGCCCUGGGCGCAGGGGGCCCUGCUCGGCUGUGCCAGAACGCCGGGGAUGGGGUACGCUCCACCGUCCCCUUCCUGGCUGCAAGCGGGUGGAGGGGAAGAGGCAGGUGUGUUGGGGCCAGGCCUUUGCAGGGGGGAGGGGGGGACUGCAGAGCAGAGUGGAUUUUAUUUCAAUCGAAUCAAUUUCAUGGUUUAAAUCACAGGUCAGGAAACCUCGCUUUAAUCGUUUUCUGCAAAAAGUGUGUUUUUGUUGUUUUAAUACCCUCUAUUCCAGCGGUUCCCAGCGUGCGGUACACGUGCCACCAGCGAUAUGCAUUAGCAGAUUUAUUAUAAUUACUUUAUAUGACAAAUGUUUGCUGGCAGUACUUAAGGUUGCGUUGUUUUAAAUUGGUAGCGUGCAAUCCGUCAGUGGGUGUGAACCGCUGCGCCAUUUGUUUAACUUCUUGAAACUUUGCACUUUUAGAGAGAGAGGUAUGGGCUUGACUGUGUGCGCACAAACUUGAAGGGAGACGAGGGCUGCUGGUGGGUAAUCAGGUCUGUUCUCUCUCACCUCCACAUACUGCUGUUAACAAGGAUGUUACCUCUGGAGACAAUACGUUCUCCCUAAGCCAGACAAAGGGUGUUUGUGCCUAAAAGCUUACAGAGAACCAUUUUUCCAACUACUUCGUUGGUCUAAUAAAAGAUAUCACAUCUACCCAAAGAACCUCAUCUGUCUAUGAUCUCUGGAGAGACAAAUCCAGUUUGAGAACUGAAACUAAGCUUCACAGAGACGCUUAAUAGGAUCUUCUAGCCUGAGCGCUUGGUCCCAUUGGGUAGAGUGGUUUUCUUUACUAAUCGAUAGAGACUCCAGGAGGCUCUUAGAGCCUCUAGGAACCCCAUGAGAUUGGGUGGGCCCCUAAUAUAGUCCACGGCCUGUUGUGACCUACUGAUAAAACUUCUAAAAAAGUUACAUGAAUAUAUUGUCUCUAAUAGCAUAGAAUUAGAAGGUCUAACCCCUAUCCCCUGAUGAUAGCUUUGAGCUUUAAUUUAUCUUUAAAAAAAACUAUUGUUACAUAAGUUUAUUUUUAAAAAUAUGAUUAAAAAAAUCUGAUUUAAA